UUCAGUCUUUCUAGAAAGGCCGCUCAGACCGAGUCUUUCGGUUCUCUCUCUUCCAUUUCUUCCCCUUCUCUCUACGUUUAUUACUUCCACGCUUUACUGCAAUAUUCUGCAAUAUGCACAAAUAUCCAUCCUCUCUGUCAUUUCAAUACGGGAAACAUGACAAAAAAACUUAUCUUUUUUUGCUGAGUUAAUGCUAUAUAAAAGGUUUAGGGUUUUUGAGGUCCAGGGUUUUGAGAGUAGAGGAAAUGGUUCUCUGGGAGAUCGCAGUUGGGACUGCAUACUUCCUUGGAUUGAAAAGGACUUACAGGCUCGCUUUGAAGCUCCAACGCCGGAUCAUAAGCCCUAGAUACCCAAGGCUCCACGAAUUUGCUUAUAAGCGUACAAAGAAUGUUUUCGAUGUGGCAUUGAGUGUGCAUAAGAAAAUUCAACAGAGGGACAUCGAAGUGGGAAGGAAUCUCGGCAAUUCGAUUUUGAGGUGGCUUGAUCGCAUGAAACCAUCAGCUCAGAUUCGAUGUGAGCAUCCCAUGAAGCCAGGUGGCUUCAAUCCGACAUUGCGUAACAUCCCCAGUCAGCCCCCGGGGACCCAAAGAUCUAGCAACAAUAAACCCACAGAGCCAGGAGGCACAAACAACCAGCUCUUCUCUUCCAUAAAUUUAUGGCGUAGAUCUUCCCCAACUCUUAUGAACGGCCAGUAUAGGCAUAUGUCGGUGUUUGGAAAGGAAACAGAGUGGAUGAAGCCGACUCUUAUGAAUGGCCACUAUAGAAAUAUGUCAGUGUUUCGAAAGGAGUGGAUGAAGCGGUGAGAUUUGAUGGUAAAGUGGUGCAAUAACAAGCUGAAAUGCUAUAUUUUCUUCAAUCGAUUUGGAGUUAAAUUCUUCUCUUUUUCCCUUUUGGGGGAUCUAUACAUUUUUUCUUGAGGUUUCCUUUUAUUUUUGGAAAGGAUGGUGUUGGACAACAAAAGGAUCAUGGCCCACCGUCAAUGAUGGGGUUUUCCAUGACACUGAUUUUGCUAUGUUCGUUUGUCUGUUUUGACAUGAAAACCAAGUUAUUGACACAGGCGUUAGAAGGAGAGAGAUUUUGAUGUUUUAAUUGGAGUUUGUGAAGAAUGAGCCUUUGUUUUAUAGAAGAGGAAAUCGAGUAUUAGUACU